AUGGAAGGCAUGACAACGCCUCCACACCUUCGAACUUUCGCUGUAACUGGAGAUGGUGUAUGUAUCACCCAAAGCUGCCACCUUCAAGGGCUAUCCGAAAACCGAGAGGAUGGAUGCUGCAACAGUUUCAGCGUCCCCAAGAAUGUUCACCCUCAUGAGGCCCAAUCACUAGCACUAUCUCAAUGGCAAUUUGCCUCCUGGUUCCACAAGUCCCUAUUCAUUGUUUACCUGGUCCGGGAAACAAGCUCCGCCCUCGAAAUAGUGCCACUUGCCGAAAUCCUUCCGACUAAUCUAUCUGCAUCGGAGAAGCGAGCCUAUCAGGCAAGCGUCUCGUGUCUGCUCAAAGCACCUAGUCAAAUGAGGUAUCCUGGAGCCGUCUCCCGAUAUGAUGACCUCGUUUACGUCCAUCAAAGACAGAGCGAUUAUCCCAAUGGCAGAGAUGAAUGGCACGUCACCGGACAAUUUUUAGCAGUCCAUAGGAUGUAUUGUUACAUUUUCGAAUUAAUGCUACGCGACGAAUGUAAUUAUCGCGGUCGAAUGCCAUAUUGGGAUGAACAACGAGACGCAGGAAACUUCCGUAACUCGGAAUUUUUGCGUGAUUUUGGUGGUCCUGGCGAUGAACGCGGCAUGGUGACUCAAGGCCCAUUUGCAAAUUUCGAGAUCAACUUAGGUCCUGGGUUCCAAAAUGUUCGACGAAGACUUCAUCGACAAAUCAAUGAAACUGCAUCAGCUAUGGCAGGACCUCAGUAUUAUCAAAAGCUGAUGGCCCAGCCAACUUUUGCUUCUUUCUUGAACGAGAUCCGACAACACAGCCAUAUCGCAGGUCAUAACGGUGUGGGUGGCGAAUUGGGGGAUGUGCAAACUGCAGCAGUGGAUUCGAUUUUCUUCAACCACCAUCUCUACAUUGACUGGCUAUGGGCAAGUUGGCAAGAAGCCGACCCCCAAGCACGAAUUUUCGAUCUUCGCGGGGCAGGAUAUGAAACACAGGCAAACCCAACCCAGGAAACAAAUCUUCUGACAACCUUGAAAUUCUUGGGACUCGCACCGGAUGUGCCUCUGUAUGGGUCUUUGGAUAUACAGGUACUUUCCCCGUUUGAACAUUAG